AUAGAGGCCAAUGCAAGCUGUACAUACGAUGCCGCCUACACUCGCGGCAGACACGCCGCAAUGGCUUCUCGACGGAGCAAUCGCGCCUCUCCGCCGCCACAGCCGCAGACCGAGCAGCAGCAACACCAUGAGCGCCAGCAGUCCGAGUCAUCGCGAUGGCAUGCCGCAAACCGCCAGAGCCCCGGAGUGAACCGGCAGCAGCAGCAGCAAUCCAACGGCGAGCCUCCGGACUCUUACUCUGCUCUCGGUGACCCCACACAACCCGGCACAGAGCCGUUAUCACGGGCCUCUCCGGAACCUGUGCAGACCGACCUCGAGGGCCACUACGUCGGGCCAUCCUCCGGAGUUUCCUUCCUGCUUAGGAUUCAAAAGAGGCUAGACCAGUUUGUGUCGUUUCCGCAAGGGUCCUCCAUCUUCACCUUUGGCGAUGCUCCCUUGCCCUAUCUUGACUCUUUGCAGACCGAGGCGCCGUACUUUGACCCGACGCUGUAUAUGAUGUUGUCUAGAAGUGACACCACGCGUCUCGUCCAGAGGUACUUUGACUUUGCUGUUCCCGUGGACAGGUUCCUGCACCAGCAGACCAUAGAGACAUGGCUGGACGAGCUGUAUGAGACUAAGGGGAAGAUGCACAGCAGUGAGGAUGCAUCGACCCGGACUGCAGUAUUGUUUAUGGUGUUUGCUUUGGCCCAAGCGCAUAUGAGCCCGAGGCCAACGUCUGAUGAUGCCGACGUGAGUGUCCGGUAUUUCCUUGCCGCACAUCAACUCUUGUCAAGAGAACAGGGAGCUAUCCGCCUAGCGAGUAUCCAAGCUCGACUGCUGCAGUGUCUUUGGCUCCUAUCCGAGUCACGCAUCAAUCAUUGCUGGAACCUCUUCGGAACCGCCGCACGCCUUGCCUAUGCCAUAGGCUUACAUCGAAAGCGCCAUGCUGAUCGCAUCGAUCGCAUUGAGGUAGAAUGUCGGCGGAGGACGUUCUGGAGCGCAUAUGCCUUGGAUAACUACCUUAGCAUGGCGCUUGGGAGGCCGCGUACUUUUCAUGACGACGAUAUCGAUCAAGAGCUACCAACCUGUGUAGACGACCAUCAGAUUUAUGCUGAUCAUAUCAGCCAGGGUAGUACACAUGGACAGUCAGUAAUGCUGGGGCCAGUUGCAUAUGCCAAGAUGUCUCGGAUACUGAGCAUGAUUCUCCGCAACGUCUACUCCAUACACACAACCUCGCGAAAUGACAAACACGCUUUUGCAACCAUCCACACGAAGGAACUCGUCGAGUGGCGAGCAGAUGUCGCUCAUUUUCUCGAUCCGGUGACAAAUAUGCCGCUUAUACCCAUCUUCCAGCGCCAAAAAAACGUCCUGAACCUGGCCUAUUGGCACACUAUGAUUCUCACUCACCGGCCGUUUCUGCUUCGCAACUUUGCGCAGUUGCAGAAUGGCAGCAGACCUCGACGAGACGAUCAUGAAUUCGAAGCACGUAUAGAGCAAAGCAUUCAUGAAUGUUUGCAGGCAGCUACAAACAUUACUAAAACAGUUAAUGACAUGUAUCAAGGAGGACAACUCUUCCGAGCAUAUUGGUUCACGUCAUAUUUCGCCUUCUCCGCUGCAGUUAUCCUCUACGUUUACACUAUCCAGAAGAGUAACGAGCCUGAAGAAUCAUAUUCUGGUUACCUCGCUGCCGCGACCCGUUGUCAGGAUCAGCUCUCUAAUCUAGCAGAAGACGGGUCUUUGGUCGCACGAUACUGCCUCGUCCUAGAAGAGCUACGCCUUGAAGCGCUGAGACAGACGAAGCAGGGCCAGAUGAAUAGUGCACGAUCACCAACCCAAAGACAGGCUGCUGUAAUGGCAAACGCCGGAAAUGGAACUGACGCAUUUGGAACUACUGAUGAUGGAACAAUGGUUACCGAGUUGGGGGCGAAUAUGACGGAUAUGGGCGGCAUUGGCGAUAUCUACGUGACUCCUACCGACUCUCUUGCCGAGAUGACGGGCUGGGCCCAGUUUGAUGCAAUGGUUAGC